AGUAGGGAAAGAGAAGCCAGGUUUAUUCGUCGUGAGAACAAGCUGAUACUGUAUAGUAAGGUCACCAGACGUCCUCGUUUCCCGGGGACAGUCCCCGGAUUUACAAGUCUCAAGACCAGGCAGCAGAAGGUUGGCAUUCUGUCUGCCUCGGGAGACAAUGGAGGAGAAGUGGGGUGAAGACAAAAAGCGCUGGGAGUUGUAGUCCCAAAACAUCUGGAGGGCUGAGUUUGCCUAUGCCUGCUGUAGAGCUACGCAUAGGGGAGAGACAUUUUUUGUUGCAACCGAGGCAGGUGGAAGCCUCUGGGAUGUGCUGCUGCAGAUUAUUAUUAUUAUUAUUAAAUGAAUUUAUAUACCGCUCUAUACCCAGAUGUCUCAGGGUGGUUCACAGAUGCACCAUUCACAGUGAGCAGUGAUAAUGAAGCCAUGACAUUGACAGUUUGUUUUCAGUUCUUUUCCUAACAUGGGGUUUGCCAUUUUGCAGCUGCAGAACAGCUGUCAACAUUUUCACUGAGCUAUCUAGCACAACUCAAAUAUCUCUUUCCCUGUCAGUCACUACUAUUUCAGGCCCCUUUAGUAUAUAUAUGUAUACACUGCUCAAAUGUACACAACUUCACAAUUGCUUACAAGGGGUAGGACCUUUUACCUGGGCUAGAACUAUGUUGAUAAAGUUUGAACACAAAGUAAGACAUUCAUAUGAUCCCCACUUGCCACCAAGUCUAGGCCUCUUUAUUAAAAAGAAAGGCCCAUUUAUUAAGAAGAAAGACCCGCUGGGUUCAAGUAUUCCAUCAGCUUGCAACUUCACUCACUACUUGUGCAGUAUGUAGGGCUGCCCAUUGAAGGGGGCAAGUCACGUUGAAAUCAGUUGGACUUACUUCUGGGUAAACAUGCACCACCACAUUUGCUGCUUUCCACAUUUGUGUUUUGAUUUGUUGGAAGCCGCCCAGAGUGGCUGGGGUAACCCAGACAGAUGGGCGGCAUAUAAAUAAAUAUUAUAAUUAUACAAAUAGUAAAAACAUUAGAUGAUUACAUGUGGACUGUAGUCAGGUUUGCAUGAGACUCUCACAGACUGAACACGGGUUUGGAUAGUUUGCUCGAGAGUCUGGGCCACUGGUUGUUGCAAAUUGCAAUUCUACUGUAUAAAUAGGUAUAAGAGAUGCAUGUGAUUUUGUACAUAUAAAGAUUAUAUGCAAACGCCUAGGAGGUAGGGCGGAACAGCAACAACAAAAAUGGAACAACAGAACAGGAUGAAUUUAGCACCCCUGAUCCUGUCAUCUAUAUCGCCUUAAAUCGGAUAAAAUCCUUCCCCGCCCCUAAGACGAACCCUGCGCCGGUUGCGAUUUAAAUAGGAGGCUUUGGUGAGGCCCCGCCCCCUUCAAUCUAAGGUGAACGGCGAGCGGAGGCCCCGCCCACCCACCUCUGCCGGCCUCGCGAGGAGCCGCGACGCAGGCUGUAUGGCCGAACAUGUCACGUGAGCAGAGGGAGUAGGUGGAGCCUUGAGGUGGCGAUAGCCAAUCCGCGAAGGGGUAAGAUCUCGGCGGAAAGGAAGUUCUUUUUUUUUCUAAGCUAACGCAUCUUUGUCGGUGCGACUCUUCACUGCUGGGCUUCCUCGCGAACCGCCGAAGCGACGCGUCUAGGAGUUGCGUGUGCUGAAACUCGGCGGUAGGUCGUCAACAAGGGGCUCGCGGGGAGGGGUCCGAUGGAGUGGUUGUUCUGCGCAUGCUCGGUGUGCAGCGUGGAGGAGUUCUGGGGCGCUGCACGUCGGGAUCAGGCAAGAAAGCUCGUCGCUCUCCAACCCUGAAACCCGCAAGGCCUUUUUCUUUGCAAAGCUUCUCUCGUAAUAAAUGUCUGAGCCGUUCAAGUGCCCCAGACCUUCCUUUCUGAAUGUACUUCUGAGCAUGUGCAGAGUUCCUUUUUGGAAUUUUAUGGUUCUAGCUUCCACGUCAGAUAGAUUAUCACAUCCUGGGGUGGAUCAUAUUCUCUGCUGUUUCUCUGCUCUUUCUUUCUUUCUGUCUAGAAGUAUUAUGUGUAUAGCAGCAUCUGACUUUUAAAUUAGCUGGAACAUAGCCUGUUGUGCAAAGGCAAGAGUCACAUCCAUUCUCCCACCCCGUUUUACCCAAGCAUGCAAACAUUUGAGGAGGGUUGACUCCCCAGUCUGGUCCACAGAAUAACUAUUUUGUCAUCCUGAUUCAUAGUGUUCUUUUUGUUUUGUUUUCAGUAUAAGGUGCUUACUUGCUUUGGAGCAACACCCUUUCAAUGGCACAUAUCAGUAUAAAUCAAUAUCUGCAACAGGUAAGUGAUACACUUUUGUGGUGAAUCUUACACAUCCUUAUUUGGAAGCAAGUGCCAUUGAACUCAGUGGUGCUUGCUUCUGAGUAGACAAGUCUACCUUUGACUUAUCAGCACUAUACUCUAAUCAACUGAGCUAGCCAUUAAAACUCUUAUUAGAAAGUAGCUAAUUGACUGGGCACAAAGUCUCUUCAAAUAUUUACCUUUCUUUGCCUCACUAAAAUCAUCCACUGCUCACUGAUGUUCUUUUAGCUGCAGGGGAUAUAGAAAGCUGGUCUCUGCAUUGGUGCAAGAAUGAAUGUCACAUUCCCUUGCAGUGAAACUUGGAGGUUUCCCCACUCUUGCACCAGGAAUGAGGGAAAUUGUCACUCUCCAGAUGUUGUUCGACUCAAAUUACCGUCAGUUGCUGGCAUCAUGACUGCUGGCCAGGGAUAAUCAGAGCUGAAGUCCAACAACAUCUUGAGGGUACCAGGUUCUCCUCCCUAGCCUUUUCACUAAAAUGGCAAUUGACAAAACAAGGAAUGAGAAUAUUUCUUACUGCCUCUGUGGUUAUGGCUAGGGAAUUUGUUCUAUAAUAUUUUGUGUGUGUGUUCCUGUUACAGGUGUUAGAAUCUAUUGACAGCAGAGAUGGACUGUUUUGUGCAGAGUUGGUGUCAUUUAAACAUCCUCAUGUUGCAAAUCCUAGACUUCAGGUAAGAGAUUUGGGUUGCCAUCCUGUAUACACUUUAUCUGCAAGUAAUACUAGCAGAACUGAAUGGGGCUUACUAAGCAUGUUUACUAUGGAGUAAAACUAUAAAGGUAAAGGAUCCCUGGACAGUUAAGCCCUGUCAAACUUGACUAUGGGCUGUGGCACUCAUCUUGCUUCAGGUCGAGGGAGCUGGCGUUUGUCCGCAGACAGUUUUCUGGGUCAUGUGGCCAGCAUGACUAAACUGCUUCUGGCACAACAGGACACCGUGACGGAAACCAGAGCACAUGGAAAUGCCGUUUACCUUCCCGCCACAGCAGUACCUAUUUAUCUACUUGCAUUGGGAUGCUUUUGAACUACUAGGUUGGAAGGAGCUGGGACAGAGCAAUGGGAGCUCAACCCGUUGCACAGAUUCUAACCGUCCACCUUCUAAUCGGCAAGCCCAAGAGGCUCAGUGGUUUAGACCACAGUGCCACUAUGGAGUAAGCCCCACUGUACAUGGUGGCCAUUUAUUCUGAGUAAACAUGUAUAAUCAUGAAAAUCUUCAGCAUUUACAUUAAGGGAACUCAGCUGCUCUGCUGUAUUUGUACUGAAAAGGUAAUUUCUGCUGUAACCAUUUCCAGUGUAAAAUAAUUGCAUUCUGCUACAUUGUUUUGGUUAGUUAAUUUAUAACCGGCUUCAUGUUUCAACUAUGUGGUUUACUUAUCCCAACAAAAAGGAAUUGGUAUAAUGCAAAUUCUGCAUUCAGUACCAAACAAUGCCCCUGAUAUUACUAAUAACAGUUCCACAUUUUAAGCAAGAUAAUUAAAAAUGAAUCUCUCUAAGCAUUGUAUAUAAAUAAGAACCACAAAAAUAAAACCUUAAUUACUAAGGCAAGCCAUAGACCAAAUAGUAAGCCCUGCCCAUAUGUUCAGCUCUUGAAUACAUUGUCUUUUAUUGUACUUUAUGAACUUGAUUUACAUGCGCAAUUUUUUCUUGUCACAUAUUAUAAUAAAUGUGUUUGCAUGGAUCUGAUCACUUUCCCUCAUAUGCACACCGUUUAUUGAAUAUGCACUGACGUUCUAAAUUUUCUCACAGAUAAUUUAAAAAUGUUAUCGCAAUAGGCCAAUUUUAAAAUGUUAGCGCAAUAGGCCAAUUGGUCACACAGGACAAUAUUGCAAGCUUUAUGAAUGAAGAACUGUUGCUGUUGUUUUUUCACGCUGUUGAGUCAGUAAUUGAUUGCACAAUGUCCAACAAUCCCUGUUCCCCUGGUGGUUUCUUUCCCCUAAAUCUAGCCCUUUUUGUUACAUUCUUUUGCAUGUAACAAGGUAUCACAUUUCUCAUUGCAUUUAAUUUAUUAUUAGCUUUCAUCUCCAGAAGAAAAAUGUCAGCAAGUGCUGGAACCACCCUAUGAUGAAAUGUUUGCUGCCCACUUAAGGUAAAACUUUUUGGGGGGUUAUGGCUUGAAUUCUUGAAGAUUCAAGCUACAAGUUCUAUGCAUAUUUUACCUAGGAGUAAGACUCAUUGAACUUAGUGCAGUGCAGAAUGAAGGGACAUAAGCAUUGGAAGCAGUGAUAGUAAAAACAGAAAAACUGUAAGAGGAGCCCCAGUGCUCUGUAUAAUGUGUAACCAGGUUAUGUGUAUGCUCACUUGAAAAUCAGUUCUGCUUUAUUCAGUCUGUACAAGAUUGCAGUCUGUAAGCUGGAAAGUAAAAAAAUAAAAUGUGUUACCCUUUCAUAUUCAGCUCAAAUAUCUUUUUAGUGUAGAGGAAAAUAACAAGUAUUACCUGUUGCCAAAUACAAAUUUUUAGACUUCAGUGCUGAAACAAAACGUACUCGCAAGUAAGCACUCUGGGUAGAUAUGGGGUUUUUUUUUGCUGAGCAAAUAAGCAAAGAAUUGCACUUAUCAAUCUAGCUAAAGAAAAUAGUAUAAAGCUUUGCUAUUGUCUCAUGAAUCUUAAUCUUUGUCUCUCCUCUUGAUAGAUGUACUUACGCAGUUGCCAACCACGAUUUUGUAGAAGCUUACAAGUGCCAGACAGUUAUAGUACAAUAUCCUUUAUGAUUCACUCCAUUAAAAGUCUGCUGUGGAAUUCUGAGUUCAGAACCUUCAGCAUGGCCUAAGGAAUAAACAAGUCUGUGUUAUGACAAUAUGGGCUGCUGGCUGCAUUCCCAGGAGAAGAUAGUGUUGAACUGAAGGAUAUGGAGAGAUGCUGGGCUUUCGUUAGAUAACUGGACAAAUGGGACAUUUGUGCUGCUGGCUGGAUGAACAAUAUUCCCCACCAGCCUGGUUUUAUCCAGAUGUUGGUGGGCUACAACUCCCAUUACUCUCAUCAACUAAUGGGAUUUGUAGUCCAGCAACAUCUGAAGAGCUUCAAGUUGGGGAAGGAUGCACCUAACUUCGAGGUACCUGCAUAAUUGCCACCCCAUUGUGGAUGGAAUUGCUUUUCUCCUUAAAAACCACAUUUGCUGUUUGGUAGUGCUGUUAUAUCCAUCCCUUGCUUUAGAUAUCUAAGUGAUACCGGUGGCAUGGAGUGACUUUUGCCAGCUUCUGGUGGUGUGGUAGCUUCAGCCUGGAUACAGACAACCUGGCUACUGGCAGCCACCCUCUGGUAAACAUCUGUAGUGAAUUACUGAAAUACAUGGUCCAUGAGGCUGCCCAGUCGCUGUUGCCAUUAUUGUUGUCUGUGUUUGCUUUAAUAACACAUCAUUAUAUAAAUCACAUUUUCCGUAACCCUUGCACAUCUUUCCUGAGAGCCUUUCAAGCACACAAAGAAGAAAACUGGUAAGUAUCUGGUAAACGUUUAAGGAGAACUAUGCCGUUGCUAAAUAGAACGGACUUUUCACCUAGAUGCAAAUGCCAUUUCUUCUGUUGAUGGUCAAAAUGCCAUUGCAUUUAAAGCCAUCUCUAAAUGUUUCAUCAUUAGUUGUGCAUAGGGCCAACUAAGGCUAUUAGAAAUCAUGAAAACAAAGGUUGCACAGCUCCCAGCAAGAAGGAUUGAAAGGACAAAUGUGAAGAGAAAAGAUGGAGCGUGUUGUAGGGGAGAUGGCAUCAAAGAGUACCUUGAAAGGGGUAUCUCUGAAGGCUAUAUAUAUGUGCUUGAGGGCAAACUUAAAACUGCCCCGUAAGCUGCUAGACUUGGGAUAUGUUGUAUGCAUUGUUAUGUUGUAUUUUAUUUUUUUCCAGGGCUUUGCCUAUUAUGUAUGCGGUAGCCCUCGAUCUUCGAAUUUUUGCUAAUAGUGUAAGUAGUAUCUUUAGUCACUAAGUUACUGGGUGCCAGUGAGGUUGCUGUGGGGGUGGUGGUGAAGGCCUAUCUGAUCUGGGGAAAACCUUGGGGUUUUUCUGUGCUCAUCCUGAGACUCGCCUUGCCUUGGGAGCACUUGCUCUGCAUAUUGCUUUGAGGUUUUCUUACACUCAAGCAAUAUAUAAAUUUGGUUAAAGAAAUUGUUCUUGGGGUCUUGUUUGCAGUGUAAGCAGGACAUGCAUUGGUUCUACAAAGCAAGCGUUUCCUAUAGGGCAGUUGUUCUGACAGCAGACAAUCUAAUUUUGCUGGUUGUGGGGUUGGGAGGAGAGAGCUGGCCUACGGUGUGUUUAAGGACAUGUUGAAGAUGUCUACUGCUCAGAGCAAAAUGGUUAGACCCUUGAUUGUGCAGCUGUGUGUUUGCAACAGGCAGAAUGGGGGGUUGAUUCAUCCUUUUCGAAUGCAUGUUUGAGUUCUACACUUCAUCUCGGUUACUGUUAGGAAAAGACAAAGGCCUGCCAGUAGGAGUAUGACUGUGACUCUCGGUUGCUUUGUGUCACGAUAGGCUGACCAGCAGCUGGCAAAGAAAGGCAAAGGCAAAGUUGGCGACAUGUUGGAAAAAGCAGCAGAACUCCUUAUGAGCUGUUUUCGAGUAUGUGCCAGUGACACGUAAGUGAAUGUGCUGUUUAAAUUGGACCAGGAGUAGCCUGUGUGUGUCUGUAUAUAUGUAUAUAGGUGGCAGCUUGGUUAGGUUCUGUUGAUUUUGUCGGUUUGCAAAAAAGUGGAUCAGAGGCUUAGAGGAUUUUCUUUGUAUUUUAAAAAAUCCUGUCUUUUAAAAUACAAUCUGAUCCUGAUGCAUUUUUAAUGUUUUUUAUAGUCGAGCUGGCAUUGAGGAUUCCAAGAAGUGGGGCAUGUUGUUUCUGGUGAAUCAGCUGUUCAAGAUUUAUUUUAAGGUACGACCUUGAACCAAACUCCUAAAGCAAUCCUGCCGUUUUGUGCUGAUUUCCCUCUGCUAACGUCACACUUAUUUCCAGAUCAACAAGCUUCAUCUGUGCAAGCCGCUGAUAAGAGCAAUUGAUAGCUCAAAUCUUAAAGAUGAAUACAGUAUGGCACAGAGGGUGACAUACAGAUACUAUGUUGGACGGAAAGCUAUGUUUGACAGUGACUUUAAACAAGGUACUGUAUUGGUUUAUUUGUUUUUUGCCAAAAGUGUCGUGCACAUUGAUGUGGUUUUGUGCAGUUUUAAGCAGUUUGUGUUGGUGCAUCUAUCUGUAAUGCCAUUGUGAUGUGAUGUAUUGCACUGGUGCAAUAGCGCUUAAGGUGAAGGUACAAACUACAGUUCUUCAAGCCGCAAGUUCUAGGAGUGGGUUAGUUAGCCUUGUUAGCUAAAUCUCUCUGCAGAUGCACUGCUGCCCAUUUAAGAGUGCUAUGGGCGCGCGACUCUUUCCUAUCUAUAAUCUGUCAUUUGAAUUCUACUCAGUAUUGAUCCAGAGUAGAUUCCAAUGUAUAGUUAGCAGAGUAACAACUUAAACACGUUGCAGGAUCCUCCCCAAAAAGGCAUUUCAUCCAGCAGAGCUUUACUGCUACUGAAGGCAAAUGAGCAUAAUGGUCACAAAUCCAGUACAUUCAGGAUUGGCACUGUCCAUAAGAAAUCCAGUUGCAGCAGACUUAAACUUGCAGUAACUUAUAGUUUGACUAAAUCUUAACACUAGAUAUAGAACUGAGGAGAUUUCACCCCUCCCAUAUCCAAGAAUCUCCUGAGGAGUCUGCUGAUUCUCCAGAGAGGAGGAGGCGUGUUCUGCUCUCUACUUAUUCUGCUCCAGCACCAAAUCAGUCAGUCAGUGUCGGAGAGAGAGAGACUGAGUGUUAGAGAUCGUGUGUAGAGAUAAGGUUGCUGCUAAGAGCAGCUGCAGACACUCAGUGCAGUGCAGCAUUUAUUUAUGCUUAGACCUAUUAAGCUCUGUAUAUAGUUUGUAUAGUUGUAGAUAGAAUAAAAGAAGAUAUUCUACAGAGCUGCUCUCCGAGUUGUUUAUAUACUCUGCUAGACUCUGCUGUGCUGCUGACGACUGUCUUCUUGUGGGAGUGAAUCCGGUGCUCACAACUCUAAGCUGUGAGUCCACAGCACUUUGACCUGUUCCUGUGCAGAAGGUGGUCUCUGGAAGUGCUACCCAGCUCGCCUAGCCCAGUCGGGGCUGAAGUGGAUGAGUCCAGUUGGUGGCACUGGCUCAAGGGCGAUGCUGACAAGAACACCAUACCAGAAGGAAAAGAGAUAGGAGAGAGAAUGAAACCCAGGCUCCAUCUGGCCUCAAUAUUAUAGUCAGCAUGACCUUGACAGAAAGAGAUAACCCAACCAGUUUAAACCAGCUGUACUCAGCUUUUCUGAAGGAAUAACCCGAACACCAUGAACCUUCUGCUUGUUUAUUUCACACAGAGAAGCUUCUGGAACCUUCUUGACUUAAGUAGAAUAGGACAGAUCUCUACACCUAAGAUCAAGACUUUCUGUACUAAGAAAUGCAAACUGAAAUAAUCCCCCUCCCCAACCUUUCAGUUUCAGAUGAAACUAUGGCUAGUAUUACAUUUGAACCGCGUGGUUUCAUUAACCAUAGUUAAUGGCAGCCAUGGUUAGAAAUGGGUUUGCACUAACUGGUUUAUGUCGAUGUAACACUGCCCAUAGUUAGCCCUGAAGCUGAAAGAAGAAAAGGGGAUUGUCCAGGAGAGAGCCAAGGAAGGGAGAAUGCACAACCCCCAAAGCACUGCUGAUGUCCUAAAUCUAGUUCUGUGGUAAUGUCUACCUGAAACUAAAGUGGGUGGAGUUGCAUUAAUAUUGUAGGUAUUUUAAAUAUAUAUUUUUUCUUUCUCUAGUUUUAUUGAUAUACUACUUUCAGUGUUCAAAUAUAUCUGUUGGGGCGGGGGAAUGAAAUGACCUGAAAAUAAGUGAAAUGGCUCUCAUUCAACUUAGGUCGUAUACUUAAAAAAAACCAAAACAGUGUAUCAGAGUCUUUUGCUUUCUCAAACACUUGGGUUUCUGGCAAACAUUGGAAGGCAAAAGCUUAUUUUAGAAGACAUCUGAAGGCAGCCCUGUUUAGGGAAGCUUUUAAUGUUUAAUAGAUUAUUGUAUUUUAGUGUUCCUUUGGAAGCCACCCAGAGUGGCUGGGGAAACCCAGCCAGAUGGGCGGGGUAUAAAUAAUAAAUUAUUAUUAUUACACUUCAGGAAAGCUGAUACCACAGAGCUAACAGUGAGUGUGGAAAUAAAUGCUAUUAAACUUGACUAUAUACAAGCCGCACUCAAAUAUGAUGAUAAAUACUUGGUUUGGGUGGGGGAAGGAGUGGCGGAGGCUGGUUUUAUUUCAGUGUGAAUACUUGCAAAACUGUAAAAUAAAGGACAAAAAGCCGUGAACCUUUUCCAGGUAGCUUUGACGCCAUUAUUCUAAAAAGUGUUUCCUUACCAUUGGUAAAUAUGAGGUAUCUGUUUCAGCCAUGGCAUUAAUCUUCUUUCUGUGUUUUCAGCUGAAGAGUAUCUAUCUUUUGCCUUUGAGCACUGCCACCGCUCCAGCCAGAAAAACAAAAGGAUGAUUUUAAUUUAUUUGCUGCCUGUGAAAAUGUUACUGGUGAGUGGCACCUGAACAUAUCAAAAUCCUUUAGGCAUACUCCAGCGCUUUGUAACUACGAUCUGUGUUUACCAGGCUGUUCAGACAAGUAUAGGCUAGGGUGAACCUGCACAACAUGUAACCUCUCAAGCUGAACGUGUGCCGCCACCACCACCCAUGGAGAAAUCCAGCCACAUGCUUGAUAACUUAUCAGCAUUUAAAGUUCCUAGUUCGCAGCAAAACCAAGAGGUGUAUUCAGUGCCUGGUAGUUUAUGCUUGGCUUGGUGAAUCACCAAGUCAAUGGUGAAAAUUGCAGAAUGGCUCAGUUGGAACUCUGCUGAGAACCAUUCCAGAACAGAGGGCUGGAAUUCUUCAAGAGCAGGAUGUCCUAAAGCUGUCAAAUCAACUUCAGACUGUGCUUUGAUUUCAGGGCCACAUGCCAAUGAUCCAGCUUUUAAAAAAAUAUGACCUCAUGCAGUUUGCUGAAGUUACAAAGGCUGUGAGGUAAGUUUCAUUUCUUUGACAGAAUCUGACCUUUUAUGAGCUGAUUUCCACAUUCACAACAGGGCUUCAGCUUCCUUCCCUCUCCCCUAAAACCUUCCCUACUGCAUAGAAAACUACUGUGUCCAGAAGAAACAGUUCUCCUUUUCCCUGUCUAGCCACCUCCUUCCCUAUGUCUAUGUACCAUAUGUAGGAAGGACGUGCUGUAUGUGUCUGCCCUGAAACAAGCCUUUUCAAAACACUUCUUAAUUUUAAAUUCCUCUAGUGAAGGGAACCUUCUUUUAUUGAACGAGGCUCUGGCGAAACAUGAGACAUUCUUCAUCCGCUGUGGUAUCUUCCUUAUUCUCGAGAAGCUGAAAAUCAUCACCUACAGGAAUCUCUUCAAGAAAGUGUAAGAAGAGUAUCACUCGUGUUGUCUGAAAAGGCAGUCUGUGAUGAAUAUGUACUUAGAGUUAUUAUAAUAAUUUCUGGUGUUAAAUAUAGGGAAAAGCCAUCUGGGCUUGAAUCAUAUUACCUCUUGCCAUUUUCGUUAACAGAGUCCUGUGACAUUUUGAAUGGCGGAAAUAAACAAGCUGAAGUUUUUCCUUCAGAGCAAUUGGUUCCUCUUACACCUAGGGCCUAAUAAUUAGAGAGCCAGUGUGGUGUAGUGGUUAAGAGCAGUGGACUCGUAAUCUGGUGAACCAGGUUCGAUUCCCCGCUCCUCCACAUGCAGCUGCUGGGUGACCUUGGGCUAGUCACGCUUCUCUGAAGUCUCUCAGCCCCACUCACCUCACAGAGUGUUUGUUGUGGGGGAGGAAGGGAAAGGAGAAUGUUAGCCACUUUGAGACUCCUUCGGGUAGUGAUAAAGCGGGAUAUCAAACCCAAACUCCUCUUCUUCUUCCUAAGUAUAAGAGUGCUGAUUAAAAAUGUAUUUUCCUGUUUGUAGGCCUAGAUUUACACCUUUGCCAGAUAUUCCUGGAAGCAGUUGUUAAUGUAAUAGCCAUUAUUGCUUUUCAAAUCCAUUUCUUGGUUUGAGAUUUCCCUGUUAAGAUUUGGUUUAUAGACCUGGGAAGUUUUACCUGAAAAGGGAAGACCGUCCAGCAUGGGGGAAGACUGACUCUGACCCCUUUCUCUUGACUCUGCCCCUGGUCCUGCUGGCAUACGAAGAUUCAGCCAGGCUGCCAUGUUUGUUUGUUCGUUUUGUUAGGCGACUCUCCCUUUUGGUAGCCAUGAUGCUAGUUACCUUGGAAAAAUUUCUAGGAACAUUUCACUGAAUAUGAACAAAGCUUGUAGAAAUCAAGUUAGGGGCAAGAAGUAAAAGUGAAUUACAUUGUGUUAACUUUGUUUUCUUUCCUUUUUUAAAAGGUAAAGAAGUUGACAGAUUCAGGAACAACUGGCAUAACUAGAUUAUUUUGCCCCCUAACCCUGUGCUUGCAGUACAGCCUUAGGUUUCUAUCCCACCUCAAAAAUAAAGGAGGAUGCAAUGGAUGCAGCUAAGCUUGAGAUUUUAGUGACUAAGUGAGGUUUAUUUCCCCCUUAAAUCUUUGUCCAAGCAUUAUAACAGGUCGCACCCAGCUUUGACUCUCUGCUGAGGAAAAAAAAAUUGGUUGGAUUAGCAUGGCCUGGCCUUUAGGUGGGGCUCAAAUAUGGUUUCCCCAGAUAGAGAAAGUAUUUUGUACUCCGCCAUUUACAGAAAUAUGAAUUGGUACUUACAGGAUAGAGAUGGUGGGACUCCCAUCUAGGUUUGCUACAGUAACUGAGGUGUGCUUGUUCUUCUUUCAGGUAUUUGUUACUCAAAACUCACCAGCUGUCUUUAGAUGCCUUUCUGGUUGCCCUGAAAUUCAUGAAAGUUAAUGAUGUUGAUACGGAUGAAGUCCAGUGCAUUCUAGCUAACCUCAUAUAUAUGGUGAGCAUCAUGGUUUUUCAUUCAUCCUGAACAAAUGAAACCAUUCUGCAGAAACAUGUUGUUGUCGUGCCAGGCCUAUAUAAAACCAACUCUCAAUUCAUUAAUGAACACUGGCAAGUUAUUUGCAUAUAUGGUGGCAUGCAACGACUAUACAUAGACUUGUGCCUAUUCAGUGCAAAUAGUUUAUAAAUCUAAUAUUAAAGUAUUAUGCAAGGGGCAUUUUCUUAGCGGUGGUUUUACGUACUACCACAAUACGUGUACAAAAGGAUGUCUAUUAUCCUGUGCAGGCCUCUCACAUUGCCCAAUUUCUUUUCUGUAAAAAAUGAAAAAGGUUUGCCAUUUUUCUGGCUUUUCAUCCACUGUUAACUACACAGCGUUCCAUUUAAGUAGGAAAUGAAAAACCAUUCCUUUAUUAACAUGAUGAUAUUAUUUGGAAGCCCUGUGCACUUUACUGAAUGCAUAUCUCAUUCCAGCAAAAGUCUAUAAAGGGUUUUACCUUCACAAUAUUCUAAUAUUCAUUUCACAAUAUACUAAUAUUCAUUUUCCUGUUCCAGGGUCACAUCAAAGGCUAUAUAUCGCACCAGCACCAAAAGCUUGUUGUCAGCAAGCAAAACCCGUUUCCUCCAUUGUCUACCGUCUGUUGAAUCUGCUGUGACCUAAAUGGAGACAUGCUGUCCAUCGACGCUGGUUGCUGUUGGAGCAGGAUGGAACUGGCCGUGAAUUUAGACCAAAUCUGCUGGGAGUACUCAUGAGUAUUUAAGAGACUGCUAUAAUGAAAUGGGGCUUUCCUGCUUAUUCCUCCAACCCAAACCCACUCUGCACUCUGCAUAGGACCUUUACUAACAGCAGACAGGCAGAGGCUGCAGCAGGCUAGGGAAAAUGGGAGAAACUAGCGAGGCUGCCUUGUGGAACUGUGCUGGAUCCAAGCCUUGUAGAAAACUGCAACCUUUUUUAAAAAAUUGUUUUUGUACAGUUGUGUCUUCUUUUGACACCCUUUGGUUAAAUGUUACUAUAGCUGGAACAGUUGAAAAUGUGUUUUGCAACCAUUUGUAUCUGAUAUUGGUUGACUAAAUACUGAAUAACAGUAAACAUUUAUCUUGUGGUAUUUGUGUGUUCAAACGACAGAGAAGGGCUAGAAAAUCCUCAUUUUUCCCCUGAGAGGAUUGAAACUUUUAUUUAUUUAAUUGGACGUUUUAAAAAUGCUUUGGUGUGGCUUGUGUGCUUUCCUCAUGCACUGUGUGCAACCUCCGUUUAGCAUCUUUUGAAAUAGUUGACUACAAAAAAGAGACAUUGAAUUUACAAAGAAUAAUAGUUUGUCUGGUUUUGUAAAAUAGUUGCAUAGCUCCAUUUUGUUAAGCAUUCUGAUUCCUUUCUGCAGUGUGUAUCCCAGGAGUCACAGAAAUAAAUGUGAUAAUUCCCACUGAAGAGACUACAGCGGUGAAUAAGAAGAAUGUUUUUGGCAUAAAUUUAUAGUCAGAUUUUACACCACGGUUUUAACAAUUUAUGCAGGUGACAUUUAUACGCAGAUGGGCUUUCAUUGCCCCUGCAAGAUGGCAUGUAGGACAAUGUCGUGAAGUGUUGUCUGAAAUCCUGUCAUACAGGCGCACCCCUGCUUGCUAAAACUCAUGCAAAUGUAGCUAUGAAAAUCAAAAGGCACCAACCAGUUGCAAUAUCUCAGGACCAGCUAGUACUGUGUAAAUAAAGCUAC